GUGAUACGGCGGCCAUACCUGAAUACCUGCUGCUGCUGAUACCUGACCCACUCUGUCUCUCCGCAUCCGCAAGCUUUGAUGUCUCCACCUGCUGACCUCUGCAGCUAUAAGUAGCGGCGCAGGCCUCCCAAUUGUAAAAAGAUUGAAAAGGGGACCGGGGCAGGAGCAGGAUUGCAGUACAAGCCAGUUUUUGCCUUUCCAAUUCCUGGUCUUUUCUUCGUCGUCCUUCUUCUUCUUGUCCUGGUCUGCUUCUGGGAUUUGGAUUUGGAUUUCCUACUGCAAAUUCCUGCUUGCUUCGUGCCGUUGCUUCAGCUACAAUUGAAGAGAGCGAGGGCGAGAGAUCUGUUGGUAGUUGUGGUUCAGUUGUUCCAGGAAGCCGCUGAUUGUCCCUGCUUGUCCUCUUCACAAGUCAAGUCCAAAGCCGGGAGAAAUCUUCGCCGGGAUACUCGCCUCUCACCGCUCUCGAUUCCGCGAGCGGCGCGGCGAGCCUCCGCGCGUGCAUGGGCGCGGGAAAGGCGGCACCUUGCUCGCGCGCAGUAUGGUGACGCGCGCGCUAGAGGGCGGGCCCAUGGAUGCGGAGAGCGGCCGCGGCGCCGCGGGUGCGCGCAAGAAGUCAUGGCGGUCGGAGCUGGUGCUGGCCUACCAGAGCCUCGGGGUCGUGUACGGCGAGGUCGUCACGUCGCCGCUCUACGUGUACAGGAGCGCCUUCGCCGGCGGCGAUAUCGAGCACUCGGAGGGCAACGAGGAGAUCUACGGCGUCCUCUCUCUCGUCUUCUGGACGCUCACCCUCGUCACCCUCCUCAAGUACGUGCUCGUCGUGCUGCGCGCCGACGACGACGGCGAGGGCGGGACCUUCGCGCUCUACUCCCUCAUAUGCCGCCAGGUCGGCGCGGGGCUCCUCCCUGGCGGCGACGGCGACGAUGACCUCAAGGAGCAGCGCAACGGCGCGGCGCCGCCGCCCGCGUCGAGCGUUCGCAAGGCGCUGCAGCAGCGCAGGGGGCUGCAGUGGCUGCUCCUGCUGUUCGCCCUGCUCGGGACGUCCAUGGUCAUCGGCGACGGCGUGCUCACCCCUGCUGUCUCUGUGUUCUCGGCGGUUUCGGGGAUCAAGCUGUCAAUGGUCAACGAACAGCACCAAUAUGUUCUGCUUCCAGUAACAUGUGUGAUACUGGUAGGCUUGUUCGCAUUGCAGCACUUUGGCACGCACAGGGUCGGAUUUCUCUUUGCGCCUAUUGUCUGCCUGUGGCUUCUCUGCAUCAGCAUCAUAGGCGUCUACAACAUCGUCUUUUGGAAUCCCCAUGUCUAUAAAGCCCUUUCACCAUACUACUCGUACAGAUUUCUGCAGAAGGCGCAAGUUGGAGGAUGGAUGUCACUGGGUGGGAUCCUUUUAUGUGUAACUGGUUCUGAAGCUAUGUAUGCAGACCUUGGACAUUUCUCACAGUCGUCAAUCAAGUUAGCUUUCACAGCGGUGGUUUAUCCAUCACUCGUACUAGCCUAUAUGGGACAAGCUGCUUACAUUUCACAGCAUCACAGUUUUGAGAAGAACCAUCAUAUUGGAUUUUAUGUAUCAGUUCCUGAAAAAAUCAGAUGGCCUGUUCUGGUGAUUGCAAUACUUGCAGCUGUAGUUGGGAGCCAAGCAGUUAUUACUGGCACAUUCUCGGUUAUCAAACAAUGUUGUUCCUUUAAUUGCUUUCCAAGGGUGAAGAUUGUGCAUACAUCCUCCACAGUACACGGCCAAAUAUACAUUCCAGAGAUCAAUUGGAUUUUAAUGGUACUGUGCUUGGCUGUUACUAUUGGCUUCAGAGAUACAAAGCACAUGGCAAAUGCACAAGGGUUGGCAGUUAUAACAGUUAUGAUCGUCACUACUUGCUUGAUGUCACUCGUCAUUGUCCUUUGCUGGAAUAAGAAUGUUGUACUUGCUCUUGCCUUCCUUCUUUUCUUUGGUGCAAUCGAAGCCAUCUACUUCUCAGCGUCCCUUGUGAAGUUCCACGAAGGAGCUUGGGUACCUAUAAUUCUUUCCUUCAUUUUCUUGAUGAUCAUGUGCGUAUGGCAUUAUGGCACUGCAAAGAAGUACGAGUUUGAUGUGGAUAACAAGGUGUCAAUAAGUUGGCUCUUGAAUCUAGGCCCUUCAUUGGGUAUUGUUCGUGUCAGAGGCAUUGGCCUCAUACAUACAGAGCUUAUGUCUGGGAUUCCUGCUAUUUUCUCCCACUUUGUCACCAACCUUCCUGCAUUUCAUCAGGUUCUGGUCUUCCUAUGCAUUAAAUCAGUGUCUGUACCACAUGUCCAACCCGAGGAGCGAUUUUUGGUUGGCCGCAUUGGCCUGAAACAAUACAGGCUAUACAGGGUAGUCGUUCGAUACGGGUACCGGGAUGUGCAACAGGACAGCCUAGAGUUUGAGAAGGCCCUAGUGAGCAGCAUUGCAGAGUUCAUCCGCUCUGGGGAUUCCGACCAAAAUGGUUAUCUGGAUGGUUCAGACAGUCCCUACGAGAGGUUGUCUGUCAUCAGCAAAGGCCUACCAUUUCAGGAGGAGGACGGUGAGCCUGACGGAUCACCCGAAUCAUCCACUCGUAAGGAAACAAACCUGAAACUAGUAUUAUCCAAGUCGAGAAGGGUGAGGUUUGUGCUCCCAGAAAAUGUGCAGAUCAACAGCGAGGUGCAUAGCGAACUGCAGGAGCUGACUGAGGCAAGGGAGACAGGCAUGUCCUUCAUUAUGGGGCGCUCGUAUAUGAAGGCAAAGAGUGGGUCUAGCCUGAUCAAGCGGAUUGCCAUAAACUUCAUCUACGAGUUCCUGACGAGGAAUAGCCGAGGCCCUGCCUACGCGGCUAACGUGCCUCAUGUUUCCACCCUUGAGGUAGGGAUGGUUUGCCAAGUCUGAUGAUAGUGACUAUCAGCAUGCCAAGUUGUAUAGAGCUAGGUUGCUAGAAAUAGUUCAUCUUCAUAUACCUGUAUAUAUACAUCCUAACAAAAGUGAUAGAUGGUUGGUGAAGCAGGGUAUUAUUGUGGCCUGCAGGUGCAGAUCUUGGAUACGUGAAGUGUGCAUAGUUUUUUCUUCAUAUUCUUGUAGAGUUCUUCCUUGCUCUGGUUUUUUCAACUGCCGUUGUCGUUGUUGGUGUUAGCUAUGGUGACAGAGAACAAUGCAGGAAGGAGAGAAUUUUGUGUACCUGAAUUGGGGACCAAUUAAUUGUACAUCUGUACUGUAUCAGAAUCAGAAUCUGAAUAAAUUGAAGCUGAAUUUGUGAAUCUGAA